UGAGUGUGGCGGCCCCGGGAAGGUUGCCCACUCUCCGCCCCGACUUUCCUGGCCAGCGGGUCAAGAGCACCUCCAGCAGCGGUCACGGCAGGUCACCCACCACCGCUGCUCCCUGACCUUCCUCAUCUUUAACCUUUCUCGGACCAGGUUAUCUGAUGAUUAUCCUCAGGUGAUCACAACUGGAGAGCAAGAUAACGACUGCUGGUGAUGGUUGAGGCUUGUGGUGGGACGUCUGGCGCGCCGGCAAGCAACCUUGAUACAUAAUGAUUUCAACUUAUUGGGUUUAUAAGACUGAAGAUGGAUGAUCAGUGAACACACAAUUAGUGCUAAAAGUAACUUUGAAAAUGAGUGCUAUAUCUAGACUCUCUUUGACAUCAACUAUACAGAACCAAAGUAAACUUUACCUAACAUGUAAGAAUAUUUGACCAGAUAAUAAGUGAAUGAGCUCUAGACGAUACUAAGGGAGGUUGUAAAAAAAUUUCUUUUGCGCUUGAAUGUUUAACUCCCCAAAAAAGUACUGUAGUAAUCUUUUUGGAAAAAUAUAUUAAAUAAUAUGGAUGUUGUAUGAUACAGAAACAAAGUGAAGAUAAUAAUGUUUUAAAAUUUAAAUGAUUAAAGUUACUACCCAUGAUGUAUAUGGAGACAGGUAUCAUAACAAGUUCAUGAAGUUUGACAAUACAGUAUAUACUGCAGCAGUUAUGAGUUUCAGUGAAAAAAAUGUUUCCAUUCGUGGUGAUGCUGACCCUUUGCCUGCUUAUAAAGUCCAAAAAAGAGAAGAUAAUAAGAAAACUAGAAAGGAUUCGUUAAGAAAAAAACCAUUGCCCUUGAGCUAUGCAAGUACAGUUAAGCCUGCAAGCUAUAGUGGUAAACAAGUAAUUAUACCCAAUCAUACACUAACCAGAAAACCAAGUCAUUGUAUAGCAAUGGGGGACUCUUCCAACCCUAAGGUUAAUUUUCCAAACCAUAUUGAAGGGGUUAGUAUGUUUGGCCCCGAUAAAGUAUUGCUGGUGAAAGUUACGGAUAAUAGAAAUGAUGUUGAAAGUAUGAAAGGAAAGUCUUUAGUAAAAUUUCAAGAAAAGCCAUUUUCAUUUGGAUCCUUUGGAAACAAACUGGUUAAGUUAACCUCAUCAAGAAUAAUGGAAGAAAAGAAUAUUAAUGAUACUAGGUUAGGAAAGAGGGAGGCAGACUUUGUAUUAGAAAGGUCAUCAUAUCAGCAAAGUGGUGUAUGUGUGAAUUAUGAACCCAUUAAACUUAAAACUCAAAGUAAAGCAAGUCAUGAAUCCGGUAGCAUAAUAAAUAAAACUCUGCAUUCCAACAUAAUUAAUUAUAGAGAUAUACCAAACAAACCCAUCACAAAUAAUAGUUCAGAAAAAUCCUUUCCUUAUGAUAGAUGUUUAGCUGAUACAGGCACUAACUCUAUUAAAAUAAAUACAAUCAAUAUAUUAUCUAAAAGGAAGUGCAGUAAUGAAGGCAGUCAAAAACUAAAAUAUACUCUGCCUGGUUUAAAUAGCAUGGCAUUUUCUGGAAAUGGUUCCAUGGAAGACACGCAACAAAUAUUUUCAAAUUCAACACGCAAGGCAUUUAAUGUUCAAAAUACAUUAUCGGAAAGCUCUAAUGUGUAUGGUGGAUGCUUAAAACAAUCCAAGGAUGAAACAUACCAGGUUAAGUGUUUGGAAGAUGGCUGCUGUAGCAUUAAAAAGAUACAAGAAAGACCUGAAGUAUUUCAGUCAAAUGACAAAAAAAUGAUUCCUAAAGUAUACAAGCUGAGUACUGGGAAACAACAUUACAAGCAAAUGGAAUUACAAAAGCUUAGAGAUAGUAAUUCAUCCAAGAGCUUUUUUUCUUCAUCAAAUGAUAAUUUUGAAAGCUUGCUAGGCAAUCUGCAUCACAGUCAUGGAACCAAGGAAACUAUUCCAAAUUUAGAUAAUGUUGAAUAUUUGUUUCCUUCCCCAGAUGUGGACAAGUCCACAUAUCAAAAUUAUACCAGUGAUACUGCUAACGAGUGUGUGCCUCAAAAUGUGUUAAAACCUCCUGAAAAAAGUUCAGCUGAGCUUAGUAAUUCCUUCCACUUAGCAGGUCAAUCUGACUUGAAUGUGAAAAACUCUGAAAGGCUUCCAGACUUUACAGAAUGUUUUUCAACUUCUGGCAAAAUAAAUUCAGUGAGGACUGCACCUGCAUCAUUUCCUGAUGAUUACUUUACCCAGCAAAAAAGUUAUUCUCCAAGUAAUUCUCUCAACACAAGCAACCAUGAUAACGAAAGUUCCUUGAGGGGUUUAGAAGAUCUUAUGUUACAAGAUUUACCAGAGCACAUUGAGGUAAAUAAGGAUGACAAAUUUACAGAUUUAAAUUUUUUGGAUCAAACUGAAGUUUCUGAGGAAUUUUGUGUAACCAGUGAUACUGCAAAUUUAAUUAAUGGCAGUACAAAUUAUGUUACCGAUAGCAUCUCGUCUGCUAUUUCGUGUUCAGAAGCAUGGCACCUUGAAACGGGUAUCAUAAAACCAGCUCAGAAUGUGUGUGACAAAUCGGUAUUUGGAAAUGGAAUAGUAUCCUCGCAGGAAAAUUCCUCUGAUGUAACAGUUGCAUCUCAAGUCUCCACAAGUAAUGUGGUGUGGACCCUUCAAACACCACAACCAUCAGUUGCUUCCAACUUUAAAUCACUUACUAACCCUAGAGAAAUGGUUGCUGAUGAAAUGAAAUCUAGUAAUGGAAAGGGCAAUUAUUGUAUUGAGACAUGUAUGGAUGAUUUACUUAAAAACUGCAUUGAUGAAAAUGUAAAUGUUGACACAAAUCAUUGUAGUUUAAUGGACAAAUUCCAAAAGGUUGAUGAUAGCUUUUCAACAAGCAUUUUGGGAUUUGACAAAGAAAGCAAAGCCAGUAUGGAAUUAAACAAGAACAUGUGGUCUGAAAAUUUAUUGAAGUCAGACAAUGAAGUGCAUUCUGGUUGUGCCGAUAAUAAUUAUACCUCUGAAGUGCUAGCUGUGACCAAGUACUCAUCAGAAAGUUUAUCCACUGGAUAUUCAGAAGUUCCUACGUUAAGUGACUGGACAUCAGACAUUAAUUCUGAUAUUGAUAAUGUGCCUCUCUUGCUAGCAAAAGGUUCAAAUUUAGUAACUUCUGCAGAUGCUGAGAAUAUAAUUAUAAAAAACAACCUGCAGCCAACACACACGAAACUGAAGGAGCUGAACCCCAACAUUUCCAGUAAUGAAUCGUCAGACAAGUUAGAAGUAGUGCCUUUAACACAAGUCGGCAGUUUGUCUGAACCUUAUAAUUCGAUAGAUGCAUAUAAUCCUAAUGAUAUUAAUAACUUGCUAGAUUCUUUUUUCAAAGAGACUGAACAACAUGGUGUAGAUACUGAUGGUAGUAAAAACUCGUGUACAUAUCCCUUGAUUGACGAGUUAAAUUUUUCAGCUAAGAACAUGGGAGUUGAUGAUAAAUCAUUGAUGGAUGAUAUUUUUAAAGAUAUAGAUAAUGACAACUUUACCUCAUCAGCUGAAAAGGAUGAUAUAGAAAUUUUAUAUGAUCAACCAGUGGCAAAAAGAAAAAAUGAAGCUGCCUCAUCUGGAACAGUGACCUCAUUACCACAGUCGAUGUCAGGGACUCGACCUAAAAGUGUUUCUGGCAUUAACUCGUCUGACAAGACAAAAACUAAAUUACAAAGCAAAAGAAUACCAAGAAACGUGUCAUUCAAGACACGGCCAGCUAGCAGACCAAUUAAAUGUGUUGUCCGUGGGCAAGUAGUUGAAAAUAAAUUACAGAAACAACCAAGACCCUUACGUUUUGUUCUGGAUAAAGACAGGAGGCUGCAGAACCAGGAUGGCUCUACAUCUUGGCCUAGGAGAGAGGAAUUUAACCCUGAAAAAUUUAACCUCCCAAGAAACAAAAAUGCAAGCAAUAAGAUGAGGCAAAUAGAGAGUAGCAUUGCAGUAGGUUCACAGAUAAAGCCUAUGCCUAAUAUACUUCCUGCAACAUCUGUUUCUACAGGUGAUAUUGCUACAACAGUUAACAAAAUAAUGGUGCCAUAUAAUAUGGCUGAAGCUUCUAAGUUUGUUUUGCCUGUUGGAAGAACUGGGUUAAGUAUCUCUAUUCCAAAAACUGCUCCAACAAGCAUUGCAUCUUUCAUGCCAGCUCCAGAAACAAAGUGUUACAUACCUUCAUUAACCAAACAAACAAAGAAAAAUUUCUCUGAGGCCCAAGUUGUUGCAAUCACGACUAAUGUUAAAUCUCAAACUCCAGCUCUGGUGUCUAAUCUCCCUGAACAGAGAAAUGCUGUUAUCCUGUCCCAGGAUGCAAGAAAAAUUAUAAUUCCCACAACUGUUAUAACUCAGCCAAUGUAUCAUGUGCCCAUUCCUCAAACUUCAACCAUAGAAUCGCUCUACGUGAUGGUCCCAGCCUGUUCAGGUGCACAGUUCGUGUCUGGAUCUGGUACACCAUCACUGGUGCCUAACAUUCUACCUUGGAAUACAUCUGCACCACUAUGCAGUGCUAAUUCUGUAAUCCCAGCUCAAGCUGGCAGUUUUACUGGUAAACGGCCAAUUGCAAAAUAUUGUCUAAAAAGCUAUGUUCAUCCAAUUGCUUCCAAAGGCAACACUGUAAAGUCUGCUGCAUUUUUAAGUACAAAGGCGCCUGUGGCAUUUGAGGAUAAAACAUCAGAAACUGUUAAAAUAUUAAUAAAUACUAAGGCCAACAGUAUAGAUAAUGUGGACACUUCUGUAAAGUUACAAGAAGAGGGUGUGUCCACUGAUGAAAUAAUUAGUGACCAAAAUUUAAAAUCUGAUUAUGUCCAGAAACUUCGACACAAGAUAUUGAAGAAGAAACCCUACCCUGACUAUAUUCAUAAAAAGUUUAGUAAACUUCUCAGAGAUGAAUUAAGACUACACUUACCAAAUAUUCCAGAGUCUAUUCUUAUGUUACUUAAUCUUCCACCUCAAGCUGUUGAGAGAGGCUACUUCAGUCUGAGAGACUUAAAUGCUUUACGUACCCAGGCAUUAAGACUACGUUUAGGAAUUAUUUUUAGGGACCAUGUUAAAGUUUGCAAAGUUCAAAACUGUGCAACAUGCUUUGAAUUUCUCCAACAAAAAGAAUCAUUCUCAUUGGCAGAAAAAGAAAAAUCUGCAAGUUCAAAGUUGAGAGUUCGAAGCAGGUCUAACACUGGAAGGGGGCGUUCUCGUGGCCGGGGCCGUAAGAGAAGAGGGGGACGAAUUGCUUUUGAAGAACGUGAAGAUGAUCCCAGCUAUGAACCACCUCAAAGCUUCUUUGCCACCUCAAAGAGGAAAUUUGAAGAUAACCAAAACAAAGCUGUGAAAAUAUCCAGAUCAUACAAUUCUUCUCAGAACUCUUUCAAGCCUGGUGUAUCAUCAGAUUUGGUUAAUGAAAGUAAAGCCAUGGAUAACCUCUUGUGCUGUGUGAUGAAAAUGAAACGAUCAAAUUCUGAAUCGGACAUUCACACACUAACAGAAAUACCUGUAAGUUCUAUUAAAGAUGACAGACCUCGUAGUUUUGACGAUUCCUACCUCAUGCUCUAUCACACUAUUAAAGACUCGUGUAGGUGCCAAAGUUUGUUUUGGUCAGGAAAUGUUAAAAGAAGUAAUGAUAAUAAAAAUAGCAAACUUAAACAAAUUAUACAAGAUGAUUGUGAAACCAAGAUCGUAACAAAAUUGGAAAGUUUUCAGCAUAUGUUGAAGGCUGCGGCUUAUGAUUUACUCUUGAAAAAACAACUAGAAAGAGAUUUUGUGCCGUUCUUCAAGAACGAAGGAAGUGAGCAAAAUGAGAAGCCAAGCUUUGGAGUCUGUCCCAAGCCACUGUAUCUUGACCUUCUAUCGUUAGAGAUUGGUCCAUUUAACAUUGCAGGCAAAUAUAACAUUCGCCACCCCAAACUGCAUGUAAUGUAUACUGCAAGAAAAAUUGUGUACGAGUUUGUUCUGUGGUUAUGUCAUGCAAGAGAGACAGAAGUGCAAACAGAAGCACUUUUGUCAACAGAUAGCCCCAUGCAUCUCUUGAUCACUAUUGAUGUGCCGUUCACAACUCUCCGCGCACUCAACAUCACUGCUAACAAGGUGAUGCUGGUUGUGAAUACUGUUCCCUUAGUUCAAGUCAUGGGUAGGAGAGGAGUAUCAUGCUUUGUGCUGUCCGAGAAGGAUGUCCUGUCACCAAAGCAACACAACUGUGUGUCACACAUGAAAGCUGCAUUAACUAUAUAUCCUCUUCAUAAAUUGUUGCUGGAUCAAGGAAAAGGCCAACUCCUGCAUCGUGGAUUAUGUGGAUUUUCGACAUGGUUCACCCGAAUGCUAGCACAAAGCUUCCCAAUUCAGGAUGAUCAUACUCCCUCGUGGUGUCUUGCAUCUCAUUUGACUGACAGUAAUAUAGUUUCAGAAGUCUCUGCCACUGGACAAGAAGGUUGCAGCAACAAUGAAAAGCAGAUGGCAGGGGCAAACACCCAUCAGUUGGGCCCAUUCCGAGACACGGCCAUCCAGCAAGGCACACAGCCUCUUCUUCAGCUCGGCAACACCCAGGAAUGCUCUUCUUGGAAGCUAAAUCAUGAAGCAAGUACUGUAGAUAAAAAUUGUGAUGAGCCUUGUAUCGAGUCGGCUUCAGCAGAAACACGAACAAGUGGAGAAGGUUGUGGAAAAGUACUGGACGAUGAAAGCAGUGCUGAAAGCUUCAGUAUGAGUAAUAAUAAUGGCACAUUUUCAAUGACGGCAACUAAUUACAAUGAUUCCUUGAAUAAUGACAUGAUGCAAGUGGUUGAAAAUAAUGUUAAUAUUAAUAAUGUCUCCAGUGGGCCAUCAGGAUGCGACUAUCUUGUCUCGACAGUUAAAGCUGCCUUAGAAUCUCAGGAAAUGUUGCCGCCUGUUUCCUUCAAUCCAGGUCUUCAGUUUCCUCUAGCAUCUUAUGAAGAGAAGGGAUGUAAUUGUGAAGAAACUUGCCGUGUAAUGGAAUGUCCUUGUGCAAGAGCUGGAGCACUUUGCCGAACACGACACAACUGUUCCUGUAAGGAGUGUGACAAUCCCCUCAAUGUUCUGCACGUUCUUGGCCUCAAUAUACACACUGCACGUGUUGAUGAAUGUCUCAUGCAGAGCUUAUACAGUUACAAUUUAACAGGCUUGUGUUCUUUGCUGGCAUCACCAAUUACUCUUCCCUGUUGUGGGGCUACAUCAGAGCUUCUACACAUCAUUCCUGGUACAGUUCUGUGUAACUGUUGUGGUAUGGCUGUAUGCUACUCCUGGUGCAGUCAUCAUAUCCAUCUGCAGAUCCUCUGUCCUCGAAACCAUUGUCUUGUUUGCUGCGCCUGUAAACCAGCUCUUCAUACCCACUGUCAGAAAUGUCACAAGUGUACGCCAUCGAAUCAAGGAAUGUGUACUCAGUGUGGCAUCCAUAAAUUAUUCUAAAUAUCUGGGUCUUAGUAAAUAAUGCAGAAUUAGUGGCUGUGAGUAGGUUGAAAUUGCUAUUAAGAUCAAUAAAUAAAUUUUCAUAUUUGAACUCAUGAUUUGCAGUUUAUUUUGUGGAAAAGUAGUACUGUAGUUUCUGUUGCUCAGUCACCCUGUUGUUAUAAAUUAGGAUUUUAUUUGUACUGUAAAUUUUCAAGCUUGGCUUGUAUUAUUCUUGCCUCCCUUGUGCAUCUUUGUUUACAAUAAAAUCUUCAAGAGCCUGUGUUCUUAAAUGUUUCUACAAAUUCUUUGUUUGUGUUGGGAGCUGAGGGAGCAGAUGAUACAUUGUAGGUAGAGAGAAUCAAAAGGAAAAUGCAUCUACAAUGUUAACACAAAUUUUUAAUCAAAAUUGAAAGAAUAGAUGCCAGAAUUUCACCUGUAUUACUGAAAUUUUUUAUAGAUAAAAAAAAGAUUAAAGUUAAUUUUGAGUAAUUAUUUUUAAUUAAAUUUGUGUAUUCCAGAGGUUAUUUAAAAAAUGUACAUGUUUUUAGAUGUACUGAAAAUGUCAGGUAUUUAGUAUACAGGAUUAUUCCAUUAAGUAUUAAUGUGAUGAAGGUAGAUAAUAAACCUUAUGUAACGGCAAAAUGGAUAAACAUUAAUGGUGAUUUCAAAAUACCUCUGGGGACAACAUUACCAGAAUAUCAAUAGCAUGGCUGUUAAUUCCUAUCUUUGAAAGCUUGUGAAAAUUAAAGAUUUAGCCUCCUUUAUCAUUAAUUUUCAGCACAACUAGAUGGUUUAAUAAGUUGCAUUUUCUGAAACUGGGAUCCUUUCAAGAGAGGUUCCAUUUUUUUUUUUUGUUCAAUUUACUAGAAAGUUUUUCAUAUUACCCAUCAUUCUACUACUGUACUCUCAUUUCGUCCACUUUCAUAUAUGUACCAUACUCAAAAAUGCUGUCCUUGUUCUUUCCUCAUGAAAAGAAUGCCUGUGUUAGGAGUUGGUAACUGGUGUUACUCUAACCCAUAGGCAGCUAGUAUGUACAGUUCUGUUAACCAUCCCAUGUGGUGUUAAAUCUUGCAAAGUUGUAUUGAAGCCAAUGUGAAAUGAAUACAUUAAAUAAUUGAGGUCUGAUUGGUUAGUUACUUUUAGAUGUAUAAACCUGUGUAUAUACAAGUAGAAGUCGGUUAAAUAAUGAACUUUAAUACAAUAUUGAAGUCAUUUCUAACAGACAAAUCUAGUCCUUCAAAGCUGUUGCAGUAUUGAAGAACAAAUAUGUGCUACAGUGCAUAAAGUAAUAAAUGACAUGUGAAAGUAGUUGUCAGUUGAGAAUUAAUAUUAGAAUUAUAGGAUAUAAAAUGGGAAAGGUGAAGUUUGUUGUAUGUAAAUAUUAUCUGGGAAUUAGUGUAGAAAUUGUUAAAAAUUUAAAUUAGCAACAAAAUGCUAUUAGAUUUAUUCAUUGUUAAUUAAUGUAAUAAUAUUAUUUGUUAUGGUUUGAAGUGUGGGAAAUAAGGAGAGAUUUAGGCUCUAGUUUGGGUAUGGUGAAGUGGAAAUAUAAUGUAAGAUAGGACUCUUAGUGGCUGGUGAUGGUGCUCUCGCCAUUUGGCCCGAGGUUUUGCACAGCAAAGGCAUCAAGUAAUAUAUUACUAUAUUAGUGCUUUAAAUAAGUGGAGUUUACUGAAAGUGGGAAGCUUGUGUACGGUAAUGUAGGAAGCGGCAGUUGAAUUGAAAAUGUUAAAAUAAUGAUUUUUUAGAUCUAAUAAUUGGUUUGAUCAUUUGUUAAUGUAUGGUAUUGGCAAGUACAGUAAUGCUCUUUCUAAUGUACUCAAGUACAGUGUGAAUUUAAGAUGGUGAGAUAUAUGUAGUGGGUGGGCAACAUGGAUGCAUGGCUCAACUGUGCACAAGAUGAAGAGGAGUAACCUCUUAAAAAGAAAGUUAUUAGAAAGUAAUUAAGCAGUUAAGUCUUCCUGGCUUGAUGCCUUCUUUUGAUAAUUACCUCUGAUUAUAUUGUUCUUUUGUGACAUAGCGAAUGAGAUUGAUGCAAUUAAAGUAAUACCACAGUGGAAAUUACUAGUACUUUCAUAAAGAGCAAAUAUUGUUCCUUGGCUCCUAUUAACAACUAGAGGGAGUUCAUUUAUGACAAAAUUCACAUACAUGAAUAGUAAAUAAUUGUUUUUGUACAUCCUUGCUUUCAUAGGAGAAAUGUUUAUUGAUGUGAAUAAUUCAAAUAAUUGAAUGUGGCUAUAUGAAGUACUGCAUCAAAAGUUCAUUUGUUUAUAAUCCCAUAUUGUUCACAUUUCUCUUAUACACAAUGUAGUCUGUUUUUUUCAGUAAAUGUUACUGAAUUUUAAUGAAGAGUUCUUACUUAAAUUUCUGCAUACAAAUUUGAGGUUAGUUUAAAGUUUAUAAAUUUUCUAAAUCCUCUUAACAUGAAUAAAUUACAAAUUUUCAAUGUGGGUGUAGUGCAGAUUUUACAAUAGAUUAAUUUUACAAUCCUCAAUUUCCAACUUAUUGAUUAGAGUAAAGCUCUGUUUUCUACAAAUUAUAUAAAUUUGUUCAUAAGUCUAGCAAUAAUUGAGGAACCUACAUUUUAUUGUUUGUAUAAAAUGCCUUUUUCAGUUAUUGUUGAGCACACAUGACAAAAACUUGAUUAUCUUUUUGAUGUUUGUAAGUGAUAUUCACAGAUUAGUUUGUGCUCUACAGGCUGGUCACUGGCUUUUUUUUUAUUGGGCUUUUGCUUUCUGUGAAUGUUGAAAGCUUGCACAUUGCACUGAUAGACAUUUUCUUUGCAAUACAAAAAUAUUCAUAUCCACCUGAGUAACAAUAUUGUUUUGUUUUCCAAUUGGUUUAGUCUAUGAUUUACUUAUUACCCCAAAAUAAA